AUGCACCUAGAUAAAGAGGUCCCUGAAUCAUUUAGUGAAACUUAUCCCACUGAGUUUCUGAAUACUUUAUCGUUCAAUGGUGUGCCAGAUCACGAGAUAAGACUGAAAGUUAACACUCCAGUAAUGUUGCUCAGAAAUCUAAGCCCCCCAAAUGGUUUAUGCAAUGGAACACGAUUGAUGAUAACGUCGUUGGGCCAGAAUAGCAUCAUAGGAAAUAUCAUGGGAGGAUCCUUUGAUGGAAAACCUGUAGCAAUAUCACGAAUUGUGCUCAACAUUGAGGACAUAAAAUGGCCGUUCAUCCUCAAGAGACGUCAAUUUCCUGUUCGAUUAUGUUAUGGGAUGACGAUAAACAAAAGCCAGGGACAAACCCUAGAUAAAGUUGGAAUUUAUCUACCGAAUCCAGUAUUCAGUCAUGGCCAAUUAUAUGUGGCCGUAUCCAGAGUCAGAUCUGCAGCUGGGCUGAGGUUUCUGAUAACAAAUGAAGAGGGUGUUCCAGGAAAUCACACAAGAAACAUUGUGUUCACAGAAGCAUUCACAGAUAUCACAGGAAAUUAA